AUGGCGGACCCAAGCAAAUACAAGAAGCUCACCCCUAUCGACCACAUCUUGCUCCGGCCCGAGAUGUACGUCGGCAGUAUCGAGACGCAGCCGACGUCAAUGUUUGUCUUCGAUCCGGUAAAAGGCAAGAUGGUGUGGGAGACCCUGAAAGUCAAUCAGGGUCUUUUGAAGAUCGUGGAUGAGAUUCUGCUGAAUGCUUCGGAUAACAUUAACAAUAGUCCAUCGCGUGGGAAGGAGAAGAUGACAUACAUCCACAUCGACAUAUCAGAUAACGGCGAAAUCACCAUUGAGAACAACGGCUCGGGUAUUCCGAUUAUGCGCAGCAAGGAGCACAAGCUUUAUAUCCCGGAGAUGAUCUUUGGGCAUCUCCUAACAAGCUCGAACUAUGACAACGAUGAGACCUCAACCACCGCAGGUCGGCACGGCUACGGUGCAAAGCUUACCAACAUUUUAUCCAUCAAAUUCAGUGUUAUUUGCUGUACAAAUGGGAAGGAAUUCCACAUGACGUGGACGGAUCACAUGCGCAAGGCGACAGCCCCACGUGUCAGCAACGUCGACUCGGGUCAUAAGAACCGAACGUUCGUGAGGUUUUUACCGGACUACGCCCAUUUCGGCUUUCCGGACGGCAAAAUAUCGGCGGACAUGACACGUGUGCUGCACAAGCGUAUUAUGGACCUCGCCGCGAUGUUCCCUAGCAUUGAGAUCAAGCUGAACGGUGUUCCGUUCGGGUUUAAAUCCUUCCAAGACUACGCCUCACUCUACUCCCUGACGGGCAGUGAUGGCAGUGUACCACCCGAGCCCUUUGUUUAUGAAAGUCGGAAUGGCAGCAUAGCGUUCGUACCGCAGCUGAGUGGGGGGCCUAAGCGUUUUGUGGGCGUUGUGAACGGUGUGGUGACCUACAACGGCGGCACACACUGCAAUGCCGCCUAUGAUAUCCUCGGUGGGAGUCUGGAAAACCUCGCCAGGUCGCUGAAAAAGGAGGGGAAGAUCGUGGAUAUCGCCCGGAUUAGUCGGCACUUCACCGUGCUUGUAUUUAUUACGCAGUCGCAGCCCAAAUUUGACUCCCAAAGCAAGGCCAGACUGGUCUCAUCGGUCGUGAUGCCGCGUGUACCACGGGCGGAUCUGGAGACCUACCUCAAAAAAAUGCCGUUUUUGAACGCGAAUGUCAACAGUUACGAUGAUACGCUUGCGAACGAGAUUAACCGGGAAAUCGGCGCCGGUAGGCGGAUAAGCAGCAAAUCCCUCAUUUCAUCCAUCACGAAGUUGGUGGACGCGACGCAGACCCGCUCGGAUGGGAAUAACCUUCGCACGCUCAUCGUCACCGAGGGCGACUCCGCCAAGGCGCUUGCCCUCAACUCGCUUAGCAGUGAACAGAAGAAGUUCUGCGGGGUCUUCCCACUCCGCGGGAAGCUGCUUAACGUGAGGAAUAAAAAUCUUAAGCGCCUCAAAACCUGCAAGGAGCUCCAGGACCUGUUUUUGGCGCUGGGUCUCGAGCUUGGACGAGUCUACCGCGAUGCCUCCGAGCUGCGGUAUCAACGUAUCCUCAUCAUGACUGACCAGGAUGCGGACGGGUCGCACAUCAAAGGUCUUGUGAUCAACGCCUUUGAGUCCCUAUGGCCCUUGCUCUUGCAGCGAAAUCCCGGCUACAUUUCACUUUUUUCAACCCCCAUUGUGAAGAUCCGCGUCUCGGGCAAGUCUAAGGAUCUGAUACCUUUUUAUAGCCUCAAGGAUUUUCACAAAUGGCAGCGGAAUAACCCCCAUGUCAAAUUCACAGCCAAGUAUUACAAGGGUCUCGGCACAUCCACGACCGCCGAGGGUAAGGAGUAUUUCUCGAACAUGGAUAAUAACGUGAUGAAGCUAGUCGUUGAACAGAAGGACCACAAGCUGCUUGACAGCGUCUUCGACUCUUCCGAAGUGGAGUGGCGUAAGGACUGGAUGACCAAAGCAAACGCGUUUGACGGGGAGGUUGACAUCGACCGAAGCAAGAAGGUGCUGAGCAUCCCUGACUUUGUACACAAGGAAAUGGUGCACUUCGCGCUGAUUGGGAACACGCGCGCCAUCCCGCACUGCGUCGACGGUCUGAAGCCCUCCCAGCGCAAGAUCCUGUGGGCGAUGUUCAAGCGUGGCUCCUUGGAGGCCGCCAAGGUAUCGCAGCUCUCCGGCUACAUCAGCGAGGUCGCCGCCUUCCAUCACGGUGAGGUGUCGCUGCAGGAGACGAUUGUUAAGAUGGCGCAGAACUUCACCGGGGGGAACAACAUCAACCUCCUCGUCCCGGAGGGGCAGUUCGGCUCGCGGCAGCAGCUCGGUAACGACCACGCGGCGGCGCGAUACAUCUUCACGAAACUCUCCCGUUUCGCGCGGCUGCUCUUCCCGAGCGAGGACGACCCGUUGUUAGAUUACAUGGAGGAAGAGGGCACCUUGACGGAGCCCAACCACUACGUGCCGAUCAUUCCCCUGCUGCUAUGCAACGGCACGGUGGGGAUCGGGUUCGGCUUCGCCACAAACAUUCCUUCGUUUCACCCGCUCGACGUCUCCGCGGUGGUGCGGAGCAUGAUCAACGGGGAAUCCGCGAAGCAGGUGGUGAAGCGAUUGGUGCCGUGGGCUGUGGGCUUCCAGGGGAAGGUGCAGCGCGGGCCGGAAGGGGAAUUUCUCUGUUCAGGCAAAUACGCCGCCUACCGCGGCGGACGCUUUCACAUCAGCGAGCUACCAUGGACGAUGAGCAUUGAGGCCUUUCGGCAGCACGUCUCGAGCCUUGCCAGCCAGGAUGUGGUGCAGCGCAUUGCGGAUUAUUCGGGGGCGAAUCACAUCGAUAUCGACCUCUAUCUACGGGAAGGAAGCGUCACGACGUGGGCCGAGGUCGAGGGCGACCUGUCGCUGAACCAGAAGAUCUAUUUGAACGCGACGGUCUUCUCUCCGAACGGUGUCCUCUCCCCGCUCGAGGGCGAUUUGGCGCCGAUUCUGCAGUGGCAUUAUGACCGCCGCUUGGAUUUGUACAAGAAGCGACGCACGAGAAAGCUGGGGCUGCUCGAGCACGAGCUGGCGCAGCUCCAGUCGACUCGGAAGUUUGUCGAGCACUUCCGGGCAGGGAAGAUUGACUUCAUCAACGCCACGGAUGAGUCCCUUACACGGCUUUGCGCCAAACUUGGGAUGGUGAAGGUGAAGGAUGAGUACGACUACAUCCUGAAGCGCCCAAUCACCUUCUUCACGAAGACCAGCCUGGAGAAGCUCACCGAGGAGAUCGACAAGGUCCGCGAUAAUCUCGAGGUGCUGAAGAAAACGUCCCCGGUCAAGUUAUGGACGAACGAUCUAGACCUCUUUGACAAGACCUUCAGGGAGUACGAGAACGUGUGCGUCGCCUCGAUUCAGAAGGAGCAACGCUCGCAAAGGAUCACGGGUGGGGAAGAGGUGCCCGCGCUUCGGCAGCCCCUCGGAACGCUGGAGCCCCUGCAGAGCGGGAACUCCAGAUCGGUCCCGGUCUGCGUGCGCGCGUACCAAUACCAGCUCCCGCCGCCGAGUAAGCGUCCGGCCUCGGAAGGCGCGAAGGGGCCCUCCGGCGGCGCCUCCAGGGGCGGGGCAUCCACCGGUGUUGGCAGACGGCUACGGAAUGUGCGCGGCAAAUCGGUCGCCAAGGGGAAGCGGCAUGGCGUAAAGAAAAUGAUCGCUGAGUUCGCUGGGGCCCAGCUGGGAAAGCUUCUGCAUCGAUUACCGCAAUUCAUUUUCUAG